AUGUACUUUGUUGCCAAAAGUUCGGCCGAAGCGCGGUCUCUACAUCUGUCUUAUGUCGGUGAUGAAGGCGCGACGCAACCACCUGCCGGGGCGAUGUCCUAUGACGAGUUCAUUCGAUCCAGUUCUAGAGACUCGGAGAUGAGAACGCUCGAGACAAUGAUCAAUCACAUGCUUGCGGCCGAGAUGCGGCUCCAAGAAACUCGCGAAACCAUGUUCCGCGAGAUUUGCGCCGGCAGGAAAGACCUCUGGGAGGGCUGUAAUGACAUAAUCAACAAUGAAAGUACUGCCAGCUGCCAGAGGGUCGGAUUCUUAUUAGGCCAUGCUACGGCGUUCCGCAUGGACUCGGAAAUCUUGACGAGAGCCCACGCCUUCUUUGAGGGCUCCAAUCAUGUCACCAGUGCUGCAGCAGUUGCGACCAGUACCAGAAGGCAGGCGAAUAGUGAUACAGCAAGGACUACGACAGAUGACGCCAAUCAACCGAACGGUGUCAUCACUCUAAAUGGCGGUCUAACAAACGGCCACAGUUUGGCAAAUGGUGUUCACUCUCCCAACGGGGGUAUGACAAACGGUCACGGUCUAGCAAAUGGCGAACUAAGUAUAGGAGAUCCUGCUCUUGCCAUGUCUCCUAGCGGUGACAGCUUCAUGCCCCCAUUGUAG